AUGGAAAAAACACAACAGAUCCAAUUUGAUAACUUCACAGACGGAGACAGAAACUCGGAUGUAGAUUGGACAGAUUGGACCAGUCCCGAGAGUAGCGGAGUGCUAGAAGGUAUACCAUAUUACCACCGAGUUACCGUUGCAUCCAUCUUAAUUUUAUUGAUGUUGAUCGGCCUCUUUGGUAACACCAUCGUCAUCAUUACCGUCGUCGCCGCCAAAAAGCUUCGUACGACCACCAACAUACUGGUGGUCAAUCUUGCAUUUGCAGAUUUGAUGACGUGUAUCUGCAUCCCGUUCAACGUUGUGGCCCUUCUAAGCCAAACAAAUGAAUAUCCCUUGCCCGAUUUCAUCUGCGCCACCAUUGCUGGAGUUACCACUUCCUGUAUAUGCUGCAGUGCCUUUACUCUAGCUGCCAUCGCCGUUGUCCGUUGGUACGUCAUAACGAGAUCCGUCCGUGGCCACCAAGGUAUCCAUACCGCUAAGAAAAUCACCUCAGUUGUGGCGAUUCUCUGGAUCGGUUCCGCGGCUGCGAUGGUCAUUCCCCCUCUCCUAGGCAUAGGAACCCUUGGCUAUUCGGAAUACUACGCCGUUUGUUUUACAACGGACACAAACCCGCUUGUGGUGUACUAUGGCAUCAUCCAAGGAGCUGCAAUUGUCAUUGUUUUGUUGGUAACCACGUUAUUUUACCUUCUCAUCCUGUACCAUGUUCUUCAGCACAAUAAGCGCUUUCGGGACAGGUAUGAAGCUGACAGAACCUCAGACGAAGCGCAAGGCCAGGAUUCAUCACCAUCUUCCGUAUCUCGUCCACCUAUGAUCAAGGCCAUCAACAGAAAGGAGAUCAAGAUUACAAAGAAUCUCUUCACGGUUGUCUGUAUCUUUAUCUUCAGUUUCCUACCAACCGGGGUGAAUCUGAUCAUCCCUGGUACGAGUGUUUCCACAUUAUACACCACCAUGAUAAUUCAGGCAAACAGCGUUGUGAACCCAAUCGUCUACGGACUCAGGCAUCCCAACUUCCAGGAAGUCUUCAAGAGCAUCCCUAAUUGCUGCAGGUGUUCCAAGGAGGAGUCAUCAAGUCAAAAGUGA